UGUGGUUCUUCUUCUGUUUUCUGAUCAGCGCUGGUUGUUUUCUCUGAUCAGCUUCACGUUGACCAAAGACUUGUUCACAUUAUUCUUUUUAUUCUUUUUCUCUGUCACGAAGCGUCCACUCAGAAUGAAAGUGGGUUUCAGGUGUGGGAAGUCUGGGCACUUUCAGUUUUGAUUGCAGCCUCAGACGAAGCCUCAGCGCUCUGGGAUUGUGUCAGUCUGGAAACCUCCGAGCUCGAAGCAGGACGGAGAGGACGAACAGCUGAUGUCUGCAGACAUGGACGAGAAGACGCCUCUGAUCAGAAGAUCCACAUCUGUGUCUCAGAUCAGGAACUCUGGACUCUUCCUGGCCGUCUUCUCUGCCGUCCUGGGGAACUUCAGCUUCGGUUACUCGCUGGUCUACCCGUCCCCCGUCCUGCCUCAGUUCACGGGUCCUGAGGCCGACCCCCGUCUCCGCAUGGACACGGCUCAGGCCGCCUGGUUCGGCUCCAUCUACUCUCUGGGGGCGGCGGCCGGCGGCCUGGGCGCCAUGGCGCUCAACGACCUGGUGGGACGGAAGCUGUCCAUCAUGAUGUCAGCGGUGCCCUCUGCCACGGGUGUUCUCAUGUCCUCAGUUCAGUUCUUGUCCCAGUGUUUCCCCAUGUGUCCUCAGUGUCUCAGUGUCUCUGUUACCUCAUGGCCUGUAUCCCGAGUGCCUCGGGUGUCUACCAGUGCUAUGCCUGCAUCAUGCCCUGUUACCAUCUCAGAGAUUUCCCACCGAAGGGUCCGGGGGGCGCUGGGCUCCUGCCCUCAGAUCACCGCCGUGUUCGGGGCGCUGGCGCUUUACUCUCUGGGUCUGGUGUUGCCGUGGCGCUGGCUGGCCUUGGCGGGGCAGGUCCCGGUGGUCCUGAUGGUCCUGAUGCUCGCCUUCAUGCCGUCCUCCCCCAGGAGGCUGCUGUCUCAGGGGCGGAGCCAGAAGGCGGAGGCGGCGCUGCGCUGGCUGAGGGGGCGGGACUAUGACACGGGGGCGGAGCUCUGCAUCAUCCAGCACAGCAUCGACACACAGGCCAAGGUCACAUGGUCUCAGUUGGCCACACCCAUCUACUACCGACCAAUCGGCAUCUCCGUGACGAUGCGCUUCCUGCAGCAGAUGACGGGCAUCACGCCGAUCCUGGUCUACCUGGAGACCAUCUUCUCCCAGAGCAACGUGUCCCUGGACCCCAAGUACGACGCCGCCAUCGUGGGCGCCGUCCGUCUCUUCUCCGUGUCCAUCGCGGCCAGUUUGAUGGACAGGGCGGGACGUAAGGCUCUGCUCUACACCUCCAGCCUCCUGAUGUUUCUGGCCACACUGACGCUGACCAUGAUCUCACGGGCCACACCCUCCUGCCCCCCAGGCCCCACCCCUCCUCACAACGGCACCACCCUGGACUGCAGCUCCCAUGAGGCCUUGGGGCAGACGGCGAUGGGCGUCAUCCCUCUGAUCGGCACCAUGGUCUUUAUAUUUGGUUACGCCAUGGGCUGGGGUCCAAUCACGUGGCUGCUGAUGUCAGAGGUGUUGCCGCUGGUUGCUAGGGGCGUGGCCUCCGGUCUCUGCGUCACUGUCAGCUGGUUAACGGCGUUUAUGGUGACGCACGCAUUCACCUACAUGGUGGACAGGUACGGCCUGGUGGCGCCCUACCUGCUGUUCACCGUUGUGUCCGUCCUCGGUCUCCUCUUCAACGCCGUCUGCAUCCCGGAGACACGUGGACGCUCGCUGGAGGAGAUCGAGAACUAUUUCAGAACAGGACGCAGCUUCACCAUCAACCAGCAUCCUUCCACGUCCAUGUCCACGCCCGUGUCCACGCCCGUGUCCACGCCAAGACAGGAGACAUGAGACACUUUCCAUCAUGGUUUUAAUUAGUCAACACGUGUUGUGAGAGUUGUCUCAGUGUCUUUUUUGUCUCAUCUUUGAAUCGUUGUCUUCUGCCAACAUGGCUACCUCCUGGCUUCCUGUCUGCUCUGCACAUGCUCAGUGUGCUCGGGGGUCAUGUGACAUGGUCCCUAUGGUUGAACCCAAGUCAACCUCCAGGUCUGAUCCAUGAGGCCCAUGUGCUAAACCCCGCAGUUCACCGAGUGGCCACUAGAGGCUGCAAAAGGAAGCGAAUCCCCACAGACCAACUUUAUAGUGUUAUUAAACAUGUUCACAGCCUGGUACAAAAAACGUUUUUGGUCUCAAUGGUUUAUUUCACUGUUCAUAACGGGGGGUGAUUUUUAUUUUCUAACUCAUUUGUUUAUUUUUUGUUAAGGUUCAAAUUCUGCAUAAUUAAGGAUGUUCCUCCUUUGAGUGACAGGUACAGGUGAGUUCGGUGGGCGGGUCUAAACGUCCGACACGAGCCCCCACAUCCAUGUUUGGAGUAUCCGCGUGUGGGCGGAGUAAAGCUCAUCCAACAUGGCGACCGUGGGCCCCGCCCACUUCGGGCUCCAUUUUCGAGUUUCAGAACGAGUUUAGGGGUGGAGUCACAGUGUCUUUGCCCCGCCCACACUUCUGUUAGCAGACAUAACAUUGUGCACUUUGGCAUGGUUUCUUUAUACGUUGUUCAUCUUUGCUAUUAAAUUAAAUUAAAUUUGAUUUGAUGAUUAUUUAAUUUUCAGAAAAUGAAAACGAUGAAAAACAAUAAAAUAAAAACAUAUCACUCAA